AUGGCCUGCCUCGGCGUCCUCACGAACGCGCAGCUCCUGCCGCUCGUCUCCGCCUACCAAGAGGGCGUCAACCAAGACGUUCGCAUCCUCACGCGCCUCGGCCACAGCCCGCCGGACGGCGACCUCGGGCCCUUACAUGCGCUCAUGGCACCGUGGCUUGAUCGCGUCGGCUUACGCUUCGUACAUCAGCUGUGCCCAUCGCUCGUCUUUAGCUACGUGCUCGAGUAUGGCCGCGUCGAUCUUGUGCGCGAGCUCAUGGCGACGAACGUGCUGCGCCUUAUACACGAGCACGAAUGGUGUCUUCGUAUCGGGACGCGGACCGACUGCGUCUGCAAGCACCGGCAUGUGCAACACCACUACGCCGACAGGUGCAACGGAACAUGCAUUAACGGUCACUUGCGACACCUUGCCGCCGCGGCCUGUCUCGGCGGCCACGUCGAGUUGCUGCGAUUCGUCAUGGAGACGAGCGCCCGUGCGUAUCUGCCGUCAAUGCUAGCGGUUGCACUGUGCGCUGGCGGGCUCGGCAUUGCGCAGGAGCUCUUGGAAAAGCGCGUGAUCUCGGCCUUCAAGGACACGGAUAUGCGGCUUGCAGUCGCGAGCGGCAGUGCAGACCUUGUGGCUUUUCUCGUGGACAACAGCUCGGAUGACAUGAUCGCAGAGGCAUUCAAGCAAGCUAGCGUCCAGAACCAGUUUGCGCUCCUCCAGUGGCUCUGCACCACGUACAACGAGCCACGGUACUGGCGCAUGGCUCUCAGCAUUGCCGCCACCAACCUCCAACAUGACGUGAUCGCGUACUUUGCGACAACGCACGACCUUCAUCUCACGCCAGCCGAAGCAGCGCGCGUGCAGCGACGCCGCAAGCGCCUCAACGACGAUGAGCCUGCCCGGGUGACACGGUCGCGCAACUAG